UUGUACAAAAUUACGAAAUACGUUUAUUUGACGAGUUUGUAUUGAGAGGUAAUAUGGCUAUUCUUCGAUGUCCAAUUCCAAGCUCUGUAAGUGAUUAUGUUCGAGUAGUUUCAUGGGAAAGAAUUGAUGGAAUUAUGAUAACUUCGUCAACUCUGAAUGCUAAGUACGGCAUGCUGGAAAAUGGUGACUUAUAUCUUAUUGAUACCACAGAUCAUGCAAACACUUUCAGCUUUAGAUGCCACACCGAGAACAUUUUGACUCGAGAGAAAAAAAUGAGUAUGAAUUACUCUAGAAUAAUUGUAACAGAUCCACAUCAUGCCCAACCGCCAAGAAUAGUUCAAAGAUCAAGCAUCGUGACAGCAACAAUAGGACAAAAAACAACUUUGUCCUGCAUUGCCCAAGGACAUCCUGUACCACGGUAUCGGUGGCAUAAACUAGUUGGAAAUCAGCCUGUUUCCCUCCAAAUGAGCUCCUCAGCGAGGCAAGACGGUGGUGUACUUGUUUUUCAUAAGACGGUGUCCAGUGACAGUGGUCGAUAUGUGUGUCACGUCAGCAAUUCAAUGGGAGAAGAUUCUGUGCAAAUUGAGCUUAUUAUUGAAGAGCCCCUGAAAGUCUCUAUAGUGCCAAAAGAAAUACAAACAGAUGUAGGGAGAACAGCCACAUUCCACUGUAAUGUUUCCGGAAGUCCAGCGGGCUCAGUGGUUUGGAAGAAAGACAUGCGAUCGUUGUCGCCAUCCAAUUCCCGAGUGAUAUUUUCCAAUCAGUAUGUGAUACAGUUGAGGCAACUAAAGAGAACUGAUUCUGGAAUGUAUCAGUGCUUUGUGUACAGAGACUCGUUUUCAGCUCAAUCUUAUUCACAUCUUAUUAUUGGAGACUUAGCUCCAAAGUUCAAGACAGUUUUUAUAGAAAAGACAGUGAGACCUGGUAGUUUUGUAUCUUUGACCUGCACCGCCACAGGAAAUCCAGAACCACACAUUAGAUGGAAACUUGAUGGCAUCUGGCCUGUAAUGACCCGUCCCGGAAUUUUAGUCAGUUCUUAUCUAAGUGCCGAAAGUGUUGUGACAAGUUACGUCAAUUUCACUUCGAUAGACAUCAUAGAUAGCGGAGCUUACUCGUGCGAAGCGAUCAAUGAUGCUGGCCGUGCUCAACAUUCCAAGAGGCUAAAUGUCUUCGGACCUCUAUUUAUCAGACCAUUAGAUAACCUCACUGCCUUGGCUGGAGCGAGCUUUGAGAUGAUCUGCCCAUUUGGAGGUUAUCCUUAUGAUACCAUCAGUUGGAAGAAAGGAGGUCGAGCUUUACCAAUAAACCAGAGGCAACGGAUCUAUCCAAAUGGCACGUUUCAAAUUGUAGAUGUGCAUCCAAGUGAGGAUAAUGGACAAUACAGCUGUGAAGUAUCUUCCAACCAAGGAAUAAUGCCCCCUGCCUCCCGCAGUUUCCGAAUUUCUGUACGAUCUGGUCCAAAAAUAGCUGGUUUCUCUUUUAAAGAAAAUUUACACGAAGGAAUGAGAACAGUUGCUACUUGCAUAGUAUUAGGCGGAGAUGGUCCAUUAGCUGCAAAAUGGCUAAAAGAUGGUCGUCCAAUUUCGGAACAAGAGCUUGACGUUAAUAUCCUUCAAGAAGAUGAUGGAUCCAUUUCCAUAUUGACCUUUAAGAACUUAACCCAUCGCCAUAAUGGAAAUUACUCGUGCGUUGUGUCCAAUGAUGUGGCUUCAGAAUCAAGCAGUGCCACACUCACUGUCAAAGUGCCUCCAAAGUGGAUUAUUCAACCUACUGACAUUUCAACAGUUGCCGGUCGACCAUCUCAGAUUGACUGCCAAGCGGAUGGUGUACCUCAACCGCAUGUGCGUUGGAAAAUGGCGAUAAAUCAACCACCGGAACAGUUCAGAACUAUUGUAAGCAGCUCUCAUAUACACAUUUUAGUUAAUGGUUCAUUGAAUUUUAGAAGCGUUGAAGCAUCAGAUGCCGGGUAUUAUUUGUGUGAAGCAAACAAUGGCGUGGGUUCACCACUCAGUGCUAUUGUACGUCUAACAGUGCACAGUGCCCCACAUUUCCUUACUAAAUUUUUAGUAAUAAGUGCUAGGCGUGGAGACAAAACAGUGAUUGAAUGCUCACCAGAGGGUGACCAACCUAUUUCAUUUACCUGGAGAAAAAAUGGCGCCUUGCUGGAUCUUACAAAAGAAACACGUUAUUCCCAGACAUCGGAAACCAUUGGAAAAGGAGAGAAAUCGAUCUUGACGAUAGAAAAAGCGGAAAGGAGGGAUUCUGCUUUAAUAACGUGCACUGCCACAAAUAACUUUGGGGAAGAUUCCAUUAAUAUUCAAGUCACAGUGCAAGACAUACCUGACGCUCCUCAGAAUUUAGAGGUUUAUGAUGUUGCAAGUCGAAGUGUUCGACUGACGUGGAAGCGCCCCUUUGAUGGAAAUUUUCCAAUUACAAGAUACACUAUCAUGUGGAGGAGGAUAGACGAUGAAUUUGUUGGGGGUCCACUGCAUGUUCCUGGAAGUGAAACAACUCUUAUUAUUCGAGGAUUAAAGCCAAAUACUAGAUAUUUCUUUCGUGUAAAAUGUGAAAAUGCAUUGGGAGAGAGCCAAUUUGGUGCAGAAGUUGCUAUUACGACAAUGGAAGAACCACCAUCAGUCUCUCCGCAGUAUGUUAAAGCUACAGCAAUUACAUCUAAAUUAAUCAAUGUCACAUGGCAGAUCCCCAAAGAAGAUGCAAAGAGCAUAGAUGGCUUUUACGUUGGUUACAGAAUGAGAUCUAGCAAAGACCCAUUCACUUUUAAACCGGUUCAACUCUCGAAUGGAGGCUUACAACAAUUUGAAAUAGGUAAUUUGAACCGCUAUACGGAAUACACUGUCGUAGUUCAAGCAUACAAUGGUAGAGGUGCGGGGCCACCUUCGGAGGAAGCGUAUGUCAGAACACUGGAAUUUGAUCCUCCGAAUGCACCAAUAAUGCGGACAUAUUUUGCAACGUCAAAAACUUUGAAGUUGUCAUGGGAGUCUAGAAUUUCUUCGAAUUCACCCACUUCUGGUUAUAUACUACAUCAUAAAAUGGAAAACACAAAGUGGCAAGAAACACACCUCUCUGGGGAUAAAUCGACGCACACACUUCACGAUUUGCAAUGCGGAACAACUUAUUCUUUUUACCUCGUUGCUUUCAAUAGCGUUGGGAAAGGAAACGCCAGUGAAAUCAUGACAGCUAAAACUGAUGGUGGACCACCACGAGCUCCAGAUAAACGGUUAUUACUUUCUGCCAAUUCAUCUGCUGUGAAUGUAAACUUAAACAGCUGGCACAAUGGAGGAUGUCCAAUUAAUUUUUUCAUCAUACAAUACAGGCCUAAUGGACAACAAGAAUGGACAUUAGUCAGCAAUAAUGUAAUACCAGAGCAAAAUAACAUCACAAUUACGGAUUUGAGUCCUGGCUCGUGGUACUCGAUGCUUAUGACUGCGAAAAAUGAUGCCGGUUCAACAGAUGCGGAAUAUAUUUUUGCUACUCUUACUCUUUCUGGAGUGUAUCCUCCAAGACCAUCAAAGAUAAGUGACAUAAGUGGAUCGUUUUAUCGUCAUUUAACGAUUACGGUCCCAGUGGUAAGUUCUAUAAUAGUUUUGGUGGUAGUAUUUUGUGCAGUAUGUUUUAUCAACAAGCAUAGGUCAUCAGGAAAUGUACAAAGAACGCCUAAUGCUGAGAUUGAGUGCCGAGAUCCAGUAAAAGGGGAAAAUGUACCACUUUCUGUUACAUAUGAUGGGACUCAUGAUCCAGCAUAUUUGCCAACACCUUACGCUACAAGCAGAGUUGCAGGUUACGGAAGGGAACACUGUAUUUUACAGGGAGCUGCAGAUGAACAGAUUGUUGGAACAUUUGGAAGCACAAGAAGUGGAUUCACCUACAGUGUACCGCAACAAGCGCGACAAGUAGAAAAGAGUGAAUGCAUUUAUGAAUCACCUGUGAUAUAUUUUUCUGGUUACAGACAUAUAGAAAUUAGAACUCGUUCAGAUCACCCUAUAUAUGAAGUACCCGAUAUAAGCAGAAGAAAAAUGCACAGCAGUUCCAGAUCCUGGCGAGAAUCAGGAGAUGGAGAUUCUAGUACAGGAUCAGAAAAUGAAGAUCUUUUGUAUACUCACCGCAAUCCUGAUGAAAGAAUUAUUCAAGAAGCAAGAGAGUCCGAAACUGAAUGUGAUAGGUUAUGGAAAAACUUCGAAUCUUGUGAGUACGAACGUAGUAAACAAUGGACAGAUGAGCAUGUAGUAUUAGCGUGAAAAGCAUCCAAAUGUUUUAUCCAGGAAGAAGUGUGCUAUUUUUGUUGUAAAAAUUUCAUGUUGUCAAAGUUAUA